UAUAGAUAAUUAAAAAUAAUGUCAAAAAUACAAUUAUUAUAAAUAUAUAAAUCUAAUUGCCAUAAAGGAUCAAAUAAAAUAAAAAUAUGCUUAGUCUAUAAUAAUCCAAUGUACAUGAUAGUACAAUUAUAAUGUUAGUCUCACUUCUACACUUCAGGUCUGGAGCAUAAACUGGAAGAUUGACACUGCUGUAGACUACAUCAGCUAUGGCUCAACUUACUAAAAAGGCCCAGCUGUAUCUCAAGAUCUCCCAAAAUCUGAUAAGGGAUGAGGUGCAGGACCUACGUGACUUGCUUGUUCAUGAUAGGAUUCUCGGCAGAGCACAGGUUGACGGUGCAACAGUUCUACAACUGUUCAAGAUGUUGGAAGAUAACAAGACCAUUUCUGAGGGAAACCUGGGGUUCCUUGAGCAAGUUUUAAGAGUAUUGGGACAAGGAACUUUGGCAGAUGAUGUUAAACAAUUUGAGCAAGAACAAAAAACAAAAGGUGCAACAGAACAGCUGGCAGCUGCCGUGCAACCUUCCCCAGAUGUGCAGGUUGAACAGGUGACAUCACAGAUGGCCUCACUGGGUACCACCGGCCAACCCAAAAAGUCACAGGUCAGAUAUCAAACAAAGGUUGAACGUGUAAAAUCAGCACCAGGAGGCCUUCGAUCAUCAGCUUAUAAUCAGGAUCCCAAGGCCAACCUGAAGGUCCUUCUUGCCAAAGUCAAGACACCUACAGCAAAGAAAGACAAGAAACAACAGUUUGACCUGUGCUGUCAGAUAGGAGAUCUCUACAGGACUAAACUGAAUGACUUCCAGUCAGCUCUGCAGCAUUACCAAUGCAUGUUAGAGUGUGCUCAGGCACUGUCAGAUAACACAAAACAAGCCAAGGCCUACAGCAGACAGGGACUAACAUAUGACAUGCUAGUUGCUAAGGCAACAAGGAAAAAAACUGAAGAGAUGGACAUUUACUGUGAGCUGGGUGAUUUACACAGACAACAGCUAAAUGAACCACAGGUCUCAUACACGUACUACACAGAGAUGUUGGCACUAGCCAGGGACUUGGGGAGGAAGGAAGAAAAGCAAAAGGCCUACAAAGGACUGGACAGGCUUGCUGGGACAUGA